AUCGUUGUUAACUGAACCUAGUAAAUCCGUCUGGUACCCCUGGGCCACUGAAACACUGUUCAUGCUUCAAUAAUAUUGGAAGAAAUAACGAUGGCGGAGACAUUCAUGGAACGAGUCCAGGAGUUCUAUUCUUCAUCAAUGGCUCGCGGAGACAAGAGAGUAGAGAAUUGGCUGCUGAUGGGAAACCCGGCCAUUAUCUCAAUAAUAUUCCUCUCCUAUAUUGUCGUUGUCCUGGCGGGACCUUCCGUGAUGAGGGGCAGACAACCCGUUCCGCUUAAAUGGGUACUACUCCCUUACAACUUCUUCUGUGUUUGUCUCGCAUCUUACAUGUUUUACGAGUUUCUAGUAACAUCGCUCUUAUCCAACUAUAGCUACCUGUGUCAGCCAGUAGAUUAUAGUAACAGCCCACUAGCCUUAAGGAUGGCGAAUGUUUGCUGGUGGUUUUUCUUUUCCAAGGUUAUCGAACUUUUAGAUACGGUGUUUUUCAUCAUAAGAAAGAAGUUUGACCAAGUAUCAUUCUUACACGUGUAUCAUCACUGUACUAUGAUCAUCAACUGGUGGCUAGGUGUGAAAUACAUUGCAGGAGGUCAAGCUUUUUUCAUCGGUAUGUUGAACUCUUUCGUACACAUCAUCAUGUACUCAUACUACUUCCUGUCCGGUGUCGGGCCACACAUGCAGAAAUAUCUCUGGUGGAAACGCUACCUCACGCGACUACAGUUGAUCCAGUUCGUGGCCUUCGUCUUACAUACUGGCUAUAACUUGAUGAUCGACUGUGAUUUCCCUCAAGGCUUUAACAUCGCCGUUUUCCUCUAUUCUAUUUCACUCAUCGUACUUUUUGGUAACUUUUAUUAUCGUGCUUACCUCCUCAAACAACGAGAACGGAAGUCGAAACUUUACUGAUUAAGAUAACUCAUACAGUCUAUUA